AUGGAGAACAUGCUGCGGAGGAAAGUGGAGGCCGUCAAGAGCCUGGUGGAGGCUGCAGAGGAGGCUGACCUGCGGCAUGAAUUCAACAAGUCCCUCGUGUUUGACUAUUACAACUCGGUCCUGAUCAACGAGAGGAACGAGAAGGGCGACUACGUGGAGCUGGGAGCCGAGUUUGUCCUCGAGUCCAACGCGCACUUCAGCAACCUGAGGGUGAACACCUCCCUGAGCAGCGUGCAGCUGCCCACCAACGUGUACAACAAAGACCCAGACAUUUUAAAUGGAGUCUACAUGUCUGAAGCCUUGAACCCUGUUUUUGUGGAGAACUUCCAAAGAGACCCAACAUUGACCUGGCAAUAUUUUGGCAGCUCAGCUGGAUUCUUCAGGAUCUACCCAGGUAUAAAAUGGACACCUGAUGAGAAUGGAGUCAUUGCCUUCGACUGUCGGAACCGUGGCUGGUACAUUCAAGCUGCUACUUCUCCCAAGGACAUAGUGAUAGUGGUGGACGUGAGUGGCAGCAUGAAGGGGCUGCGGAUGACGAUUGCCAAGCACACCAUUUCCACCAUCCUGGACACCCUGGGAGAAAACGACUUUGUCAAUAUCAUCGCAUACAACGACUACGUCUACUACAUCGAGCCUUGCUUUAAAGGGAUCCUUGUCCAGGCAGAUCGAGACAACCGCGAGCAUUUCAAACAGCUGGUGGAUGGGCUGAUGGUCAAAGGCGUGGGAGUGGUGAACCAAGCCCUGAGUGAAGCCUUCCAGAUCCUGAAGCAGUUCCAGGAGGCCAGGCAAGGAAGUCUCUGCAACCAGGCCAUCAUGCUGAUCACCGAUGGGGCUGUGGAGGAUUACAAGCCUGUGUUCGAGCAGUAUAACUGGCCAGACCGCAAGGUCCGAGUUUUCACUUACCUUAUUGGGAGAGAAGUGACUUUUGCUGACCGCAUGCGGUGGAUUGCUUGCAACAACAAAGGCUACUACACGCAGAUCUCCACGCUGGCAGACGCCCAGGAGAACGUGAUGGAGUACCUGCAUGUGCUCAGCCGGCCCAUGGUCAUCAACCACGACCACGACAUCACCUGGACGGAAGCCUACAUGGAUAGCAAGCUCCCCGCCUCGCAGGCACAGAGCCUGAUGCUCCUCACUACCGUGGCCAUGCCGGUCUUCAGCAAGAAGAAUGAGACGCGAUCCCAUGGCAUUCUCCUGGGUGUGGUGGGCUCUGAUGUGGCCCUGAGAGAGCUGAUGAAGCUGGCGCCCCGGUACAAGCUCGGAGUGCACGGAUAUGCCUUUUUGAACACUAACAAUGGCUACAUCCUCUCACACCCGGACCUCCGACCCUUGUACAGAGAGGGGAAGCAACUGAAGCCCAAGCCCAACUACAACAGUGUGGAUCUCUCUGAAGUGGAGUGGGAAGACCACGCUGAAGUCCUGAGGACAGCCAUGAUCAAUGGGGAAACGGGUUCUCUCUCUAUGGAUGUGAAGGCUCCACUGGACAAAGGGAAGCGAGUUCUUUUCCUGACCAAUGACUACUUCUUCACGGACAUCAGCGACACACCCUUCAGCCUGGGAGUGGUGCUGUCCCGGGGCCACGGAGAGUACAUCCUUCUGGGGAACACGUCCGUGGAAGAAGGCCUACACGACUUGCUUCACCCGGAUCUGAGCCUGGCCAGUGACUGGAUCUACUGCGUCACAGAUAUCGACCCCGAGCACCGGAAGCUCAGCCAGCUGGAGGCUGUGGUCCGCUUCCUGACAGGCGACGACCCGGACCUGGAGUGUGACGAGGAGCUGGUGCGGGAGGUGCUGUUUGACGCGGUGGUGACGGCCCCCAUGGAAGCCUACUGGACGGCGCUGGCUCUCAACGGCUCUGAUGAGUCAGAGCACGUGGACAUGGCUUUCCUGGGCACCCGGGCCGGCCUCCUCAGAAGCAGCUUGCUCGUGGGCUCCGAGAAGGUCUCUGACAGGAAGUUCCUGACGCCUGAGGACAGCAGCAGCACGUUCACCUUGGACCACUUCCCUGUGUGGUACCGCCAGGCCUCGGAGCAGCCCGCAGGCAGCUUUGUCUUCAACCUCCGCUGGGCAGAGGGACCAGAAGGUGCGGGCGAGCCAGUGGGAGUGACGGCGAGCACAGCUGUAGCCGUGACCGUGGACAAGAAGACAGCCAUUGCUGCAGCGGUGGGCGUCCUGAUGAAGCUGGAAUUCCUCCAGCGCAAGUUCUGGGCAGCAACGCAGCAGUGCAGUGCCAUGCAUGGGCCAUGCCUGAAGAGCUGCGAGGACAGUGACCUGGACUGCUUCCUCAUAGACAGCAACGGAUUCAUCCUGGUCUCAGAGAGGCCCCAGGAGACAGGAAGAUUUCUGGGGGAGGUGGACGGUGCUCUCAUGACGCAGCUGCUCAGCAUGGGGGUGUUCACACAAGUGACCAUGUAUGACUACCAGGCCAUGUGCAAACUCCCAAGUCACCACCACAGUGCAGCUCAGCCCCUGAUCAAUCCGGUCUCUGCCUUGCUGAUAGCUACCAGGUGGCUGAUGAGUGAGCUCUUGCUGUUCCUGUUGGAGUGGAGCACCUGGGGCUCCUGGCACCACGGAGGGGCCGAGGCCAAGGCUGUCUUCCAUCACUCCCACAAACACAAGAAACAGGACCUGCUGCAGCCCUGUGACACGGAGUACCCUGUGUUUGUACACCAGACGGCCAUCCAGGAGACCAACGGGAUCAUUGAGUGCGGGGCCUGCCAGAAGACAUUUGUGAUGCAACAGAUUCCCAACAGUAACCUCCUCCUCCUGGUGACAGACCCCACCUGUGACUGUAGCAUUUUCCCGCCAGUCCUACAGGAGGCUACAGAAGUCAAAUAUAAUGCCUCUGUCAAGUGUGACAGGAUGCGCUCCCAGAAGCUCCGCCGGAGACCAGAUUCCUGCCAUGCCUUCCAUCCAGAGGAGAACGCCCAGGACUGUGGUGGCACCUCAGACACCUCAGCUUCACUCUCCCUGCUCCUUCUGCCUCUGUGUGCCUGGGUGCUGCCACCCCAAUUUCUGCGGUGA